AUGACAAACGUUUGUUCAGCCGAAGGCUGUGAAAAGUCUGCUACUCUUCAAUGUCCUACUUGUAUCAAGUUAAAGAUUGAAGGUUCCCUGUUUUGCUCUCAGGAUUGCUUUAAAAAGAACUGGGCUCAGCAUAAGCUUGUUCACAAGGCAAAGAUUGAAAGUAAUACAAGAUACAUACAAUUGGACAAAGCUAACAAUUGUUUAGGCGAACCUCACGACCCUUUCCCUAAUUAUAGAUACACAGGUGAACUUCGUGCGGUUUACCCUCUUUCUCCUAUGCGUCAAGUGCCCAAAGAAAUAAUGCGACCUGAUUAUGCUGAAACAAGUAUACCUAUCUCUGAACAGCGCACUAGGUCAAUUAUGAGAGUAUUAAAUCCCGAAGAAAUUGAAGCGAUGCGUAAAGUGUGCCAGAUUGCUCGUGAAGUCUUGGAUACUGGUGCUGCCGCAGUUCGCCCUGGUAUCACAACAGACGAAAUUGAUGAAAUUAUUCAUAACGCAACAAUUGAACGUGGUGCUUACCCUUCUCCUCUGAACUACUACCAAUUUCCUAAAUCCGUUUGCACAUCUGUCAAUGAGGUCAUUUGUCAUGGUAUCCCAGACAAACGUCCAUUGAAGGACGGCGAUAUAGUUAACUUGGACGUAUCAUGUUACUAUAACGGUUUCCAUGCUGACUUGAACGAAACUUACUUGGUUGGCAAUGUAGAUGAAAGAGGUAAACAAUUGGUACAAUGCGCUAGAGAAUGCUUGGAAAAGGCGAUCGCAAUAGCUAAACCUGGUGUUCGAUACCGUGAUUUUGGCAAGGUCAUUGAAGAGCAUGCCAAAAAGAAUGGAUUCUCCGUUGUCCGAAGUUUUUGUGGACAUGGCAUUAACCAACUUUUCCAUUGUGCUCCUGAUGUACCUCACUAUGCCAACAAUAAGGCUAUCGGCGUCUUGAAACCCGGUCAUUGUUUUACAAUUGAACCCAUGAUCUGUGAAGGCCACUGGAGAGAUGAACUUUGGCCUGAUAACUGGACAGCUGUCACAUGUGAUGGCAAGCGUUCUGCUCAGUUUGAACAAACUUUACUAGUGACAGAAACAGGUGUUGAAAUAUUAACGCAAAAAAGAAAUUGA